AUGGCUCCUUAUGAGGCCUUGUAUGGACUGAAAUGUAGAACACCUUUGUAUUGGACGGAAGUUGGUGAAGAAAGAAUAUUAGGGCUGGAGAUUAUUCAAGAGACUAUGGAAAAGAUAAGGAUGGUUCGUGAUAAGAUAAAGAAAGCACAAGAUCGCCAAAAGAGCUACACAGGUCACAAAAUAAGGCCAUUAGAGUUUAAUGAAGGUGAUCAUGUAUUUCUAAAGGUGACUCCGAGAUUGAGACUGGAGGGACCGUUUAAGUCACGGAAGUUAAGUCCGAGAAACGUAGGGCCAUACCAAAUUAUAGAAAGGAUUGGUGAAGUAGCUUACAAAUUAGCCUUACCACCUUCUCUAUCAGAAAUGCAUGAUGUUUUUCACGUAUCUCAACUUCGAAAGUUCAUUCCAGAUUCUUUUCAGCCUAUUCUUCCAAAUUCAAUAGAAGUAGAAGCAAACCUAACUUUCGAACCUCUACCAAGUCGUAUUGUAGGACGGGAAAUUAAGGUAUUGAGGAAUAAUGAGAUCCCUCUUGUUAAGGUUCAGCAGGAUGAAUCACAUCCGGGUGAUGCUACCUGGGAACUAGAGUCUGAAAUGCGAGAAGUUUACCCUCAUCUCUUUCAGAGAUUGGUUGCUAGAAAUGGAACAAAUAUUAUGCAGGUCGAAAACUAUGUUGUUGUGUAG